CGUUUCCCCCUUAUCCGAUUAAAAAUAAUCGACUAUAUAUUUUGAAACAUACAUUAACAAAUCAUAAAUAUCAAAUUAAUCGAUAAACAAGAUGCUAAUAAAAAUAUUAUUGACUUUUGGUGCAAUAAUUACAGCAAAUGCGAAACCGCCGGAAAUAGCAUCAGCAAAUAUUACAUCUUCGUGUGUAAUUACCGAGUACAACCAAGUAGAGAAUGUGGUGAAAGCUUGUACGAAUAUUGUUAUUCAAAACCUUGCAGUGCCCGCUAACAAAAAAUUGGUGAUAAAUCUUAGAGAAGGCAGUGUUUUGACUUUCAGAGGCACCACCAGCUUUGGCGUUGGAUCUUUGAACGAUUGGUUGUUGACCAUAUCUGGUACUAAUAUCCAUGUUAUAGGAGAGAAAGGUUCACUCAUUCACGGACACGGAGAACAGUAUUGGGAUGGCCAGGGCGGCGGUGGAGGUAGAAUAAAGCCCAAGUUGCUGCAAAUUUCACACGUGACCAAUGCCAAAUUCGAAAACAUCAAUUUGAAGAAUUGUCCUAUGUUCUGUACCGGCGUUACCAACGCUGAAGGUCUCACCAUCGACGGAUGGAGGGCUGAUUGCAGUGAAGGAGAUAAGGGUGGCGGUAGAAACACCGACGGUAUCGGCAUUUCUUGGUCCAACAACGUCAACAUAAAUGACGCCUUCAUUCACAACCAAGACCAAUGCUUGUACGUCAACCAAGGCACGAACAUGGUCUUCACGAAAAUUCAUUGCGUCAACUCCAACGGGAUUUGCGCAACUGCAGGUUUCAGCAAGACCUCUUACGAAGAAAACACCGUUAAAAACAUAAGCUUCCGCAAUUGCGUUAUGGAAGGCGGUCUAACAGGAGUGCAAAUUAUUGCAAUGUCUUCAGGAGGAAACGGAGAAAUAACCGACGUUUCAUUCCAUAACGUUGUAUUGAAAGGAGUUCGCCAGCAGGGAAUAUACAUCCAAAUGGAUUACGGGAACACAGGCCACGUCAAUAAUAACAUAGCCGUUAACAAUUUCCAAGUGAGUGAAAUUCACGGGACCGUCGAAAGGAAUGCAGAAGCUGUUCAUAUAAUUUGCGGCGCCAAAUGCAAUCAAUUGCGCUUCUCUGAUAUCAAAAUUACAGGCAGUAAAGUCAGAAAUCAAUGUAACGUCCAGCCAACCGGCUUCAAAUGUUUAUAAAAUUAACUUUUAUAAAACUUUUAUAAAAUUAAUAAUUAC